GGCGUAGCAGCCGGUGCGAUGCCGGCCGCGCAUGCGUCCCGCGCCUCUCGCCUAGGGCUCGGGCGUCCGAUCAAUGUUCGCUGUUCCACGCCACCGCUCGCCGCAUCCACCGACACACACACAGACACACCCACACACCGCCACAGACUCACACACCUGCACCGCCGACGCGCACACACACACCGGUGUCCGACGCACGCCGAACGCUGCAUGCAUGAAGUGGCAACUGUUACUGCCGUGUAGACGCGGUCAGCGACGGUCCACUCCUGCGAGGAACUGUCAUUGCCAGAUGACCCAGGAUGCCAGGCCGGAGAUCGACCGGUGUGCUGUCUGAGUCUGCGGCGCUGGUGCGCAGUACAGAAGGCAUGUCGUACACCGAGGAGGGCGGCUCGAUGCUCGCCACCGCGCCGCACGACGAGGCCGCACUCGACGUCGAAGAGGAGCUCAUGGAUUACGUCGAUUCCGAUAUCUCUGUGCUGGCCCAGUUCCACGAAGAUGCCAUUCGCCAGGCUGGUUCUGGAUACUUCCAAUGGAUGCUGCUCUUCGUUGUUGGUCUUGGUAUGGCUGCUGAUACGGUGGAAUUGUUUGUUGUACCAUACAUCCUGCCCAGUGCUGAAGUGGAGAUGUGUCUUGGCAGCAGGGAGAAAAUCUGGUUAAGUUUCAUUACACUGAUCGGUAUGAUGGUAGGAGGUGUUGUCUGGGGCAAUUUAGCUGACCGAAUGGGACGUCGAAGAACUCUGCUUUCAGCAUUAAGUGUUAACGCAGUAUUUAGUGUUAUUGCUGCAUUCAUGCCAACAUAUGGAACUUUUAUGACUGCACGCUUCUGUAGUGGUGUAGGGAUUGGUGGAGCCAUGCCCAUAGUUUUUGCUUACUACAGUGAAUUUUUGCCAAAAUCUGACCGAGGGAAGUGUCUCAGUUGGCUGUUAAUUUUCUGGGCACUUGGAGGAAUUUUUGUAGCUCUCAUUGCCUGGAUGAAGAUGCCAAGAACAGGUGUUGAUGUAGUCAUGGAAAAUAAGGAACAUUUCAGUGCUUGGCACCAGUUUUUGUUGAUUUGUGCCCUACCAUCUCUAGCUGCUAUAAUAGGCCUGAGUUUUGUCCCUGAAUCACCACGUUAUCUUUUGGAAGCUGGCAGAGAAGUUGAAGCUAUGAUGGUGUAUCAGCGUAUCUACAAAACAAACAAUAUGCACAACCCAGCAGCUCAUGCUCAGUAUCAGCUGUCAGAACUAGAACUCCCCAGCAAAAGGCCAUCAGGACGAGGCCUGUCAUCUCCUCCUUCACCUGGGAAAUCUGUGUUAGCUGAUAUGACAUACAGCAUUGAAACAUUCUGGAAUUCCUUUCUUCAGUUGUUUGUGUACCCUCAUCGUAGAUUGACAGCAGUGCUUGUCAUUUUGUGGUUUACUGUUUCAUUUGGGUAUUAUGGCUUGACUGCCUGGUUUCCAGAAUACAUAAAGUUAAUGAAAAAUGAGGAAUAUUCAAAUAAAGCUCAAUAUACAAAUGGUAAAAACUUUACAAAUUAUACAUUUAACAGCAGUAUUGAAAAUCAGGUGUUCCAUGACUGCAUUUUCAAUAAUGUUCAGUUUAGCCACUUGACACUAAGUCAUGUGAUAUUUGAAAACUGCACAUUGGACAAUGUUGAAUUUACCAAUAUCAAAUCAAGCAGGACAUACUUCAAAAACUCCAUAGUCAAAUAUUCCAGGUUUGUCGACACCAAUCUUUCUGAUCAGCACUUCAAAAACUGUCUUCUCCAAAAUAAUACCAAACUUAGUUUGAUACCUGGUUGCCAAAAGGAUUUUGAUUACAACAUUUAUUUAAAGGAAGUGUUUCAAGAGAAUCUUGUUGGUCAACUAGCUAUUCUGCCAGGGGCAUUUAUCUCAGGAUUUAUUAUAGACAAGACAGGAAGAGUAAAAGUCAUAGGCAUAUCAAUGUUCCUAUCCAGCAUAGCUGCUUUUUUUAUUUGGUUCCUAGAUACAGAUGCAGCUGUCAUGAUAUUUGAAGCAAUAUUCAAUUUCAUGUUUAUAGCUGGAUGGAAUGUUAUUGAUGUAAUUACUAUUGAGUCCUAUCCCACACACUUAAGGACUACUGGAUUUGGAUUCAUGUGUGCAACAUCCCGUUUAAGUGGAGUUAUUGGUAUGAACACCUUUUUAAGUUCCAUCGGUUCAAGUAGAGCAAUUCCUAUGCUCAUUACAGCUGCUGUCCUCCUCAUUGGAGGAGUAGUAUCAAUCAAACUGCCAGAAACUGGCAGUUCAUUGCUGUAAAAGAUUUUAAGAACGCAUAUUUGAAUUUUCAUGUUUAGAGAUGCAACAACUACAUUAUGUAUAAACUACUGGUCCAGUUAUGUCCAGGAACACUGAAAGUCAAAAAGAGAAGUGUUGUUUUCUCUGACAGUUGUAAAAACUCAUUGUGCAUAUAUAUUUUAUAUGGCAGUUUAUUUUCAACAGCAGAAAGCAUACAUAUAAUUAUGUGUAUCUUGUUACAUAUGUACACUAAAGGCAACUCUAAAAGUAUCCUAAAUAAAAUAAAUAUCCUAGUGUCAGACUAUUAUUUUGACAUACAUUUUGGAAAGAAGUUCAACACAACCAGCUGCAUUUAGUUUUGAAUGCUGCCUCAUCUGUCCAGAGCACUUGUUAGUUUCAAUUAUAUCAGUGGAUGAACAUAAAAAGUAAGUUGUUAACUAAUGUAUAUAUGUGAACAUUAGUAAGAGCAAGAAUAACAAUGAAACAAGUGUCUGUGUAUAUAAAUUUGAAGGCCAUAUCUCCAAAGCUUUAGUAAGAAUAUUUUUUUAAAGACUAGACUGCUAUGAACUAAAUUUUUCACCACCUAUUUUGCUUAAGAUUGUUGAGUAGAUCAUGUAUUUAUCUUACUGAAAUAGGAUGAUCUUUAAAAUACAGACAUCAGCAGAUAUAAUUCAAUAAUAAUUGUGUUUAGAGUCUGGAAGACAAUAAAACAUUUCAUUUCCUCUGUGACACUAACAUUUGGAAUUAAAUUUUCCAUCAAAUGAUUGACAUAUCAACCAAUUACCAUGGAAUGUAUUUAUAGUUGAAUAACUGUGUACUGAACUAGAAAUAAAAAUAUGACUUAAAUUGUUUUCUGGCUUUCAAGCCUGUCUAGUUCCACACUGGUACCUUGUUUUGACCUGGGAAAAAUAUUCAACUGACUCAAUUCAUCCCAUUUAUGAAAGUCAAUUUGGUAUAUAAUGUCACUUAACAAAAAACUGCCUUACACGCAAUGACAUUCUUGCAGCAGACAAUGCUUUUCUAAUGAAAUUUACAUUUCUCCUAUAUCUGCCUUUGGUAUCUUAGAAACAGUGGCAUAUGCACUUUAUUUCCAUUAUGUAACUUGGUCUAUGUUGCUCCCACUUUAAGAACUUGAAUAAAAAUAAUUGUGCAUGUGCCCAUAUAUUGUUUUAUGAGAAAAGUGGUGCUAUAUUGAGAUAGAUUAAUACACUUCAUUUCAUUUUUUUAUUAGAUUAUGGAUGUGGCUGUUGCUAUGAUGGUCAAAAUAACAUUAACAUAUCUCACAAGGCAACGACAGGGUAUGCAUUGUAUUAUUUUACAAUAGUUUACACUUCAUACAUAAAUUUUAUUGCUUACAAUUAAAUUCACAAUUAUCCCAGUAUUCAUAUUCUUGGGCAUUUUAAAAUCUGUGAGUCUGGCACUUAAAUCUUAUGAUACUUUUUGGUAAAAGGGUCUGAGAAUCUCUACUGGUAAAUUGUUGCACUCCUUCUCCUCUAUCAUCUUAUGAGCAUUUAGAGCCAUUGUUGUUCAAUGAUCUGAAACUUCCAUAAUAAUGAUGGCCUUCCCUUGUAUAUCCUAUACUUGAUCACUUUAUGUUCUGUGUCUUCCCAUGCAUCCUUACUCACAAUAUACUUGGUGAAUACCCCUACAUCUGGCACUUUCCCCUCUUUGUGCAAAGCUUUUCCAGUUCAUUCUCCUCAUUUUUAUGACAUUACUUUUCCUCCUGUAGAUUUCAUCUACAUACCUGAUUGCCACUGCACUCAUUUUGUGUGCUUUGACAGAUAGGCCCUAUUUUUGCAUAGAGUUCCAAAUCCCUGAAACAUAUUCAACUGGUGUCUUACAAGGGACAAAUAGGCUUUAUUCUUUGGUCCCUUUUUUGCACCCUUUGGUAUCCUCACUAACAUAUGCAGUGGCUAUACACCCUGUUUAUUAUCUCACCUAUCUGCAGUUUCCCAGCACACAAAUUUACACCCAGAUAUCUGCAUUGUUGUCCUGCAGUGUCAUCUUUAUGUUCCCAUAUGUACUCAAAUUUUUUGCUACUUCUGCUAUUUGUGACUGUUACCAGUCGAUACUCCUCUGCUCGUGCGAGCACUCCAUUUCUUACAGUCAAGUUUCUGAUGACUCUGACAUCCAUCUACACUAUCUCAAACCAUUCUCAGCUUUUUAUCUUCUGAUGCACAUCUAUUUAAUUAAAAAACAGUCUUACUUCUGAUUGCAGUACAUCACUAGUACCAUUGACAUAAGUCAAAAACAACAAUGACAGUUAUUGCCUUUGUACAUAUAUCUUUAUGGUAGCUAUCAUCACUUUGAAGUCCCGCACCCUCCCCCUCUGCUGUCUUUCAUAUAAAUAAUUUUGAUCCAGGAACCUGUUCUUUCAUCAAAUCCCAGCCCUUGCAGUUUAGUUAUCUGCAUCACAUGGUUUACCCUAAACAAAACUUUGGAGAAAUCUGUGGCUUUAUAGUAAAGUUAUACUCUGAUGUCAGUUACUUCUGAUAUAUCCUGGUGGAAACCAUGUAGUCGUUCCUCACACAAAAACACCGCUCGAAGUCCGUGUUGAUUCUCACACUACCCUGUGUUCUAAGAAAGAGUUUCUAAUAUAUCUAUCUACAGUUGCUUCAAAUAUUUUGCUUGUGUUGCAGGUAAAGAAAACUGGUCUGCAGAGUUUGCUAUUCUCCUCAUCCUCUUUCUCCGAUAAACACCAAUUACUUCAGCUUCUUUCCCUUCAUCUGAGACACACUGUUGUCAAGCAGAAGACAUUCAGAAAUCUUAAGUGAAGCAGAAAACUCCAGCUCAAGGCCUCAAUAAUUUCUCCAUUUAUUCUGCCCACUCUUGAUACCUUUUUUAUGUGCAUUCUGUUUUAGCGUUUCAUAUUUCCUUGCUGAAAUAUUCCUGUUCACCAACCAUAUCUCUCUCUCAUUCCUUUACUUCUCUCCGGACUCUUCCCCUCUUAUACCCCCACUAUUUUGCUACACUGUUCAUAACCAGUUCUAAUUUACCCGCAUCAUAUGACAAUAUUUUGAUUUCUGGUGUGUCAUUGAUGUUGUCCUUUGAGCUAGUCUCUAAUUACUUACACACCCAAAAAUACUUCUUCACCUCUCUCCCCUCUACUACCAAUUGUUCCAAAAUAUGUAUUUUUUCUUUCAUUCUUUUCUAAACUUUUUUGACUUCUUGAGCAAGGCCUUUAGGCAAUUUUUACUAUGAUGGCCUUUCCUGAUCUUAUUUCUCUGCAUUCUAGUUUUUCCUUCCUAUUAUUCUCACUGUUCUAGUAUAGUCCACUGAAUAUGAGUAUUUCUUGGUAUCUUGUAGUGGUACAUAGCUAACAUCUUUUCUUGUAUUUUUCUAGUGAUUCCACAUAGUUAGAUAUUCCUCUAUUUCCUUCAUGUUUGCUUUUUGACAAACAGCACCUGUUCCUGCUUUGGUCUUCUGAAAGUAUUUCCACAACUGCUACUUACUGUCAGCUCUUCCUUCAAAAUAUUUUCAAGUAUGUGUUAACAGGCUUUAUCUAAAACACUUCACUUAAAUUAUCACUCUUUUUAUUUUCUGAUACAAACUAUCCCCCUUUCCCUCCUCCCUGAUUAGCCUGUAUGCUAUGAAAUGAUUUUGUUCCUGUGAGCCCACUUUUUCAUCCUACAUACUUCUAGAUUGUUGAAUUCUUCCCCAGUUGUUACACUUCUAUCUGUCUUGGUUAGCUUAUCAGCUAGGUUCCCACAGUCCAGCAAUCUUUCAACUAACCUGUGAUCCCUUUCUGUCAUUUCUACUCUAUGCAUAGAAAGAAUAUUCAUCUUUACCUCACUACAAUUGCAGAGCUGUGGUCCUAGAUCUUCAUUACAGUAUCAGAAAAGUGUCUGCUAGCAUGCAAGUAUUUCAUGAUGCAUUAAAGUGAAUCCCCCAUUACCCUCACCCCCCACUCCUAUCUCUUCCAUAUACGUGAUAUAAUCAGAGAAAAUCCUCUUCUCCACUCACCCAGGAUUCUAAUCCUGUCACAACAUCUGGAUAAUUUACCCCAACUCACAUAAUGAAUACAGUGUCUUUUCUGACCACACUCCUGCAGUUUACUAGAGAACACCUCAGGGGCUUUCUAAAUUCACAUUUUGGUUUAGUUCUGCAUCCUGUUUUUAUUUUUUAUUUUUUUUAUUUGAUUCAGAAAAUAAAGUCAGUAGUUCCUUAUCAUUCCAAUUGCCACUGCCUUAUUUACACUGACUCAAGAAUCAAAUUCAUAAAAUAUGACAUAUGACUUGUUCCUUUCCUUUCUUUUUUUAAAAGCCUGUCUAUAGGGCAAAACAUAUCAGCAGAACAUAUAUAUGAGAAGGACUAAAUGUGAAAGCAGUGAUGUGUAAGCAUAAGGUUCCGUUUUUGAAAUUUUGCACUUUAUCAUUAAAAAUACAGUGCAGUAAUAUUGUCAGCUCAAUCACUUUGAUAGCUUUUUUCUUAUCUGAAAACUGUACAGUAUUGACAAUGAAAUUGAAAUUUUAUGGUUUUGAAAUCAGUUUUUUGAUGUAUGUUGUGAUUAUAUACUGAAAUUAUUUAAUGACAAUUAGUAAAUCAAAUGUCCAAGACUUUUAGUUUGUAAAGAAAAAGUAUCAGAGCUAAACAAAUACACAUAAAUAUGUUAUUCCACCACAAAUGAAAACUACAACAAUCUAAUUAGAUGCUAAAUCUAAAGCGUCUGAAAUCUAUGAGAAUAUUGUAAUAUUCUAAAUUUAUGAUGUUGGGAGUGGCACGAUAUAAAACACAUGUACAUUUUAAAGUAAAAUAUUUUUAUAAACAUAUGUACAUUUUUGAGAAAUUGUCAAUGUGUGUACUAAUGAAGAAACGAUAUUACAAGUCAAUAAUUCCCACUAUUGUUGCAUUCUUUGUUACAGUACUCAAACACCCAUUCAGUUACUCCAGUGUUUUAUCUUUAUGUAUCUCAAUAGAAGCAUAUGAACAAGUUUUAACAAAAUUAGAUAAACAUAGAAUAAUUUUUCAUUGUAAAUUAUGUCAUUUUGGCAACUAAUCUCAUCCACAAAAUUCUUGUCUUUUUGACUUGCAUUUUGGUACUAAAUUAUGUAUGAUACGCUUAGAGCCUGAGGACUUACUCAAUGUAGGGAAAGGGGUAGGAAAUAAAAAAUAA